UUGAUUUACUUUAUUUUGAAACGAUUUCAUAAUGGUAUAGGCCAAUUCGAUGAACAGCAGAUCGAUGUGAUUGGAUUGUAGGAAUCGAUUCAUCAAUUAAUCAGUACAUCAACAGUUUCCAGCUCAUGUACAUUGAAGUCCUCUUGACUGUCAUACCCAAAGUAGCCACACGGGGUCGCUGUAAGAACAGGUAUGUAGUUUUCGUCUUGCUGUCAACAUCCGGCGACACGUCUUAGCAGCACAGCCCUUAUCCGGCGAUGCAUCUUCUCCUAAUUUAAUUCUGGCCGGUCUUUCUAUGCGGCGCAGAUGAUGAAGUGAAUGUGAGGGAUCGCGAAGAGUCGAGCUUUGGUUUAGAAGUGAAGUUCGCCUGCAGCGCUCCAGAUAACAGUAAAGCUUCAAAUGGGGGAAGUGAGAAAGCUGCAGAAGAAACUGAGACAGAUUGAAAAUCUGGAAAUAAAAAUCAGUCUCACCCCAGAGGAAAGAUUUAAGAUCUCCAGGAAGGCGGAGCUGCGUUCCAGAUUGGCUGAGCUUCAGCUGCAGCUUUCUGGCCCUGAGCAAACUCCUGGGACUGGGGAAGACGGAAAAGAGAAGAUGAAAAGACAAGUCGUGGAGACCCCUGAGGUCAUUCCAUCACAAAUGCCUCCAGCCUCCAAGAUCCUGAAGGGAGAAAAGGAGUCCAAAGCUCCAGCAAUGCCAGUGCAGCCUGCCAGCCAAAGGGGAGCAGGAGGAGACGCUGCAGAGACAGGCGGGGUGUCACAUCAGAGAGGAGACGAGCCAGGAGGCUGUCCGGAUCUUGACCCGGAGCAUCCACCGCAACAGGAAGAUGUCAAGUUUAAAUCCCUCAAAGCAUUUUGGGAGAAGGCGAGGUUUCGCCUGAGGCUGCUGGAGGGUCACAAUGACAUCGUUACCAGCGUGGUUGCUGUUGACAACCUGGUGGUUUCUGGAAGUCGAGAUACCACAGUGAAGGUGUGGCACGUUCCCACGGCAACACAGCAGAAGAACUUGGGGGGUCACACUGGCGGAGUCACCUGCCUGUCUGCGCCUCCCCCCGAGUACUGCAAGAGGCUGGCCAGGUUGCUGUCAUUGUCUGACAAUGAGAGGUUCAUACUGAGUGGCUCUGCAGACUGCUGUGUGAGGAUCUGGGCCCUGAGUAUCGGUCAGUGUGUUAAAUCAGUCUACACAUUCAACGCUGUGGCUGCUCUCUGCUUUCUACCAGAGGGGGAUGGCUACAUCAUCACUGGAUCAGACGGCGGCAAAGUUCAAGCGUGGAGCUGGCACGACUUUCAAAACUGCCAGUCGGUCAACGCUCACCAGGAAGCAGUUACCUCCAUCCAGUCUCAGGGUCCGCUGGUGUUCAGCGGCUCAGCUGAGGGAGGCAUCUCUGUGUGGGAAAACAGGUGUUCGGAUCGAGACCCUCUGAGGCUCCUGCACCACUGGAGCGGCCAGGUGACAGGCUUCAGCGGGGGGGCGGGGGAGCGUCUGACCCUCAGCCCGCGGGGAGACAGGGUGUUCUUGGCUUAUGGUCGAGCCUGGCUCAAGAUCCUACACUGGAGGACAGGAAUGAUAUCCAGGUUGACCAAUCACAGCAGCAUCACCGGCGUAACAGAUUGUGUUCACCAGACAGGAGGCCUCUUAAUUGGCUCCAGCUACGACCUGGCGAACGGAGAGAGUGGGCUUAAUUUGUUCUCGCUGCCUCAGUGUCGGUACCUGGCCUCCCUGACCUGGUCAAACGCUCCCAGAAUCCUUUGCUUUGCAGCGUGGACCACUGGGAGUGGAGACCAUCGUUGGGUCACUGGAGGUCAAGACCUCAUCGUUUGGGAGCAGCUCCCCAGUUCUGGAAAGCAGAGGAGUGACAUCACAGUAAAGAGGGACAGCCGAAUAGACUCCUGCUUUUUUGAGUCCGAAGCGGACACCGAAGAGGAGGAAGAGGAGACUGACGAUUUCGAUGACGACGGAGGGGAGGACGGGCGGCCCGACGGGGUCCAAGGUGAAAGCUCGUGGCUGCGCUGCACUCUCCAGUGAGCGGUGCUGAGGACGCCGCCGCCUGCAGCUGUGAAGAGGACAGGAGAGGGGGGGCGGCAAAGAAGUGAAGAGGCAGACUGUUAGAUGAAGAGUGUGUGUACGUGUGCACGAGAGACAGAUUGUUUUCUAUGUAAAUAUUUUCACACACAAUAAAGCUGUCAUCUCACCUUUAAA